AUCCUCUUGUUGUGUGGGCAUGUGUUCAAGUCCUAAUGUCGUGCAUCCCGUAGGUGGCGACGAAGAAUAUGAUUCAAAACCGAUACCAUUGCGGAAGCGACAAUGCCGAGACUUGCCAUUUCUUGCCUGCUAUAUAUUAUUCGUUGCUGCAUUUGUUUCAAUAUCCAUGCACUGUUUUCAGAAAUGUUAUCCGUCGUAUGUAUGGGCUGGGACCGACUCAUGGGGGAACGUUUGUGGAGGCGAUCCAAGCUCUUCGCGUGUGGUUGAAGACGUUAAAGGAUCGGGCGACGUAAAGGCCGAUUCGACGUAUUUGUGGAGAAUGCAAUGCAUCAAUACAACCUUGAGAUUCUGCGUUAAAAAAUGUCCUGAGUGGUUGGAGAACUCGUCUAUGUGUUCCAACAUAUUUUGGGAAAAUGGCUACAACUUUAUCAAUGAUACAACAUUGAUAAAUGGAUGUGACGACGCGUGUGCACCAAAACGAUUGAAUGCCAGCAACAGCAUCGUUAUAUUGAACAGAUGUAUAAAGGAGACACUAGUGGAGGGUGGUUAUGUCGAAAUUGCAGAUUUCCUCACUAUUUUCAGUUACGUCAUUGAUGAUAUAAUAAGCAGUCUGAACGCAAGCGGAUCAAUUUUCGUACUCAUACUUAUCGGUAGCAUAUUUAUGAACAUGCUUCUCGUUCGCUUUCCGAAAUAUGCAUCGCUGUGCUGUUAUGUGACAUCCUUCUUAAUGACAUCACUGGCCUGCUCAUACAUGAUAGCGCAUGUGGUCAAGUUACUUCCCGGCAUGACAGAUUAUGAAAACGCUGUUUACAACAAUAAAAGAUUAUUUACGACAUCGCGAACGAUUCCAUAUUUAUUAACAUCCGUGUUCUGUAUUUUUGGAGAAUCCUUUAUAAUUUACUGCUUGAUUUCAUCAAGAGGUAACUUUAGUAAAGCAAGGGGAUUGUGGCAUAGUGCAUCACUUUGCAUAAAUGAAAAUCCAAAAAUAUUGAGCCAGCCUCUGCUCACCUUAUUCAUAAAUGCCGGAGCAACUUUUCUCUCUGUUUUGUUGUUUCUCUCAGUAUUGGGCUGUCGAGAAAUCAAAGCAUCAGCAACAAAUCAAUAUGUUGAAUUCGAAGCUAACACUGAUACUUGGAUACUAUUACCAUUAUUGUUGUUCCAUAUAUGGUUUCUAGAAUUAGUUGGACGAUGUCAAGCAGCCAUACUAUCAGGAACUGCAGCAAACUGGUAUUUCAAAUCUCAUAAUCACCCAAUAACCACCGCUUUUCAAGAUGUACUGCGGUAUAAUAUGGGCAGUCUUGCAGCUACUUCAUUUUCUGGAAAUGCCACGGAGAGAAUCGAACUCUUUUUAAAUGGAUUCAACAGCACAAAGUUUCUGGGAUAUUUUUCUUCAUUGUCAUCUAUUUCCAUUGGAGUGUACGGAGAGCUGAGAGAUACUAUUUUAAAAUGUUCAGGAAGCAAACAAGUUGAAAGGGCAGUUACAAAAGCUUACUAUGAAACUAGAAACGCAAUUUGUGCAUUCAAAAUCGGUUUAACGUGCGCUUCAACGAGCCUUUUUCUUGCAUUGACAUCGAAUAUUCGAUUGUAUAUUCCUUCAGUCCUGAUUUUACUGUUUGGUUCAAUCGUUUGGCUUGUGGUGGGAAUUUUUACGGCAUCUUUACUUGAGACCAUCGCCGGAUUAGCUAUCUGCAUAUGGGAAGAUUUUGAAAGGAACAACGGAGAUGAAAGGCCAUAUUAUUGUGACCGUAAAGUUGCGCAUCUUUUACAUAAUGUUAUUCUUCCUUUACAUGCAACACAUAAAGGACGAAUACGGAUUAAAGAGCAAGAAGAGCGUAUAGAGAUUAUGAAACAAAAACCCUCUAAAGCUCAUUCCCGAAAAACGAGUGUUCAUAAACUCGCAAAAAAUACGAGUAGACCACUCGAGAAAAAAUCAACAAUGCGACAUGUAGCUAGCUCGCAUAUAAUCUUAAAAAGGAUUUGUCAUGUAGAAAGUCAGUUGGUGAAUUAUCAGUCUCCCUCUAGGGAAAACAUAAUACCUGGUGAAGAUGCAUGCCCCGUCAGUAACCAAUUUUUGGCAUGUGCGAAUAUUGAUAAUUCAUCACACGAAUUAUCAAUGUCUCAAAUAUCGACAAACAGUAUUGAAAGCGAAGAACAAAUGCUAGAAGCACAGCCUCCAGUUCCGUACUCACUCAACCAAAAAUAUGAAGAUGAACUUUCAGCAAAUGAUGAUAUAUUUCAACCUUCCAACAAUAGAAAAAAAUCUGCCAAUAUUUCAAUACGUACAACUGACUCAGCAGCUUUCACAGUGAAGACACGGUUACCCAAAUGGAGAAUUUUGGCACUUUCAACCGCAAAAAUGAUGCAGUACUCUAAAACAGACAAAACAAAUGAAAUAAAAAUCAUAAAAUCCAUUAAGAAGGAGGAUUCCAGCGAUAUAUGGGACGGUUGGUGGUGACAAAGACAUUCCAUCUAUUUUACACAUAAUAUAUACGUUUAUUCUCUUCAUUUAUUUACCAAUUAUAUUUUGAUUUGUCGAGUUUUUAAACACACAAAAAGAUGUGUUUGCACUUGUUCUUCAUUGUUUUCUAAUAACACCAAAAAACCUAGGGGGUUUGUAAACUGUCUCGUAACACCACCUCUCAGAUUUUGUACCUAUGGUAUGAACGGUAUGUUCAUUAAAGAAUUGAAUUGUCUUGAACAAAUUAAGAUAGAUGAAUUUUGCACGACACGAAACUCAUGUUGCGAGUUGAAACGGUAUCGAAUGGAAUUCUGGGAUUUGAUCAUAUUGUGAUGUUGAUUACAACUGUCCAGAGCUGCCUCCGCUAGAGUCAAAUAAAAGACAGCACCGAAAGUUAACGUGAAGAGUCGUAUAUUCUUAUAUAACUUAUAUAUGUAUAUGCUUAUUAUUUUUUAAUUUCAAUUAAGAACACUCACAGAUUUCCGUUCUUCUCUGUGCACACGUGCACGGUGCAAAUUUAAACAGUUCAACAAUCCAGGUCCUUCCUUCGACUGUUUCCCAACGGCUGUUCUUUUGUUUUCUAAAAUCCUCAACUAUUACAGUUUUUAUCUGUUUAUGAAGGAGAUCUCAUUAAAAAGUAUCUCGAUUUUUAAAUACCCAGAUGGCUACCUAAUAAAAUAUUGAACACCCAAAAGCCUGAAAACUUCAUCUGCGUAUGACAGUCUUUUGUGCCAAGUUUCGUUGAUGUGUGUUACUUCUCAAAUCCUAAAUAUAGAAUCGUUUAUAUACUGCCUUUUUCCUGAUAAUGUGUUUACUUGAAAGUUGAUUUGAAAUUUUUUCAAAUAUGCCUAUUGCCAUAAAAUCCGAAAAAAAUUUUCAGUCA